AUGCCCAAGUAUACAAAGUUCAUGAAAGAUCUCCUCAACAACAAGAGGAAAUUAGAAGACUUGAAAAUUGUGACCAUUUUAGGGAAUUGCUCUACAUAUAUUCAAAAUAAAUUGCAAAAGAAACUAACUGAUCCUUCCAAUUUAAUCAUUUCUUGUGUGAUUGGGGAAGGAAUGCAAGAGAACGUUCUAGCAAGCUCAAGGGCUAAUAUAAAUGUGAUGGCCUACAACUUGUUCCUAAAGCUAGGCUUAGAGGAUCUCAGGCCCACAAGGAUGACUCUACAGCUGUCAGAUCGUUCAGUGAGAAAAACACGAGGAGUGGUUGAGGAUGUGCUUGUGAAAGUUGAUAAACUCAUUAUUCUGGUGAACUUCGUGAUCCUUGAUAUGGACGACAAUGUCAAAGUCCCUUUGUUCCUCGGGCACCCAUUCCUUAACACUUCAGUUGCCUUAAUUGAUGAGGUCUUGGCAUUAAACCCAUUAUAUAAGUACUUGGAAGAUAUAGAAGUCAAGGAAGUUGAAGAACAAAUCUCUACUCCUCCACCAAAACAACAAGAGGAAAACUUGAAGAAAACAGGAAAAUGCCUGUUUAUUGACCAUGAAGAAGCCCGUAUGCAAGUCAAUGAGGAUUCAUGGGCAGCAAGCUUGCACAUGAGCAAGUCAAUGAAUAUUUGUGGGCAAGCUAUUGUCUCGGAAAGGGUUUGA